AUGACCAGCCCAAUUCCACCACUGAUCACACUUGAGGAGCACUUUGUCUCGCAGGAUAAUUUCAAUGCUCUUUCUGAGCUGUACGCCGAACAGCUCAAGCAUCUGCCCGAGGUUGCUGAUAAACUGUUAGAUGUCAGCCGGCUUCGACUGGCCAGUAUGGACAAAAAUGGCAUUUCCUUCCAGGUCAUAUCGCAUGCGCCGGGUCUAGGGCCGAAGCCGACAAGAUACAGCUCCUUGGCCAAUGACGAGCUCGCUAGGGCAGUAAAAGCACGUCCGGACCGGUUCGCCGCAUUUGCCGUGCUUCCCAUGGCGGAGCCCCAGGCGGCCGCUGCAGAGCUUCGGAGAUGCGUCGGAAUGGGAUUCGUUGGCGCUCUUGUGGACGCCCAUGUCGACGGCGUUCACUAUGAUGACAGAAGGUUCUGGCCGGUGUUCGAAGCCGCAGCCGACCUUGAUGUGCCGAUUUAUCUUCAUCCGACAUAUCCAACACCGUUACAGUCGUCUGCUUACGAGGGUCAAUACGAGCAAGGUGCGGCGCGAAGCCUUGGCAGCAGUGGCUUCGGCUGGCACCAGGAGACAGGGCUAGCAGUGCUGAAGUUAUUUGCUGCCGGACUUUUUGACGAGCUUCCGUCCCUCAAAAUUAUCAUCGGUCAUUUCGGAGAGAUGCUGCCAUUUAUGAUCGAGCGGAUAGCCAAGCUCUCGGUUCGAUGGGGGACUCGGCUGCGACCAUGGCGACAAGUAUGGAGGGAAAACAUCUGGAUUACUACGAGCGGGGUGUGGGAGCUAGCGCCUAUGGCUUGCAUCCUCAGAAACACAUCCUUAAGUCACAUUCUCUAUAGCGUUGACUACCCGUUCGAGAAGAAUGAGACCGGCUUGACCUGGAUGAAAGAAUUGCAGGAAAGUGGGCUAGUUACCCCGGAUCAGCUCGAGAUGGUCGCGCACCGAAAUGCCGAGCAGCUCUUAAAGCUGAGUAUUCCGACACGUGAGUCUAUGGCUGGCGGAAAGCUUGGCAAGCGAGUUCUUGACGCUCUUGUUGACGCAGGCUUCGACGUGACGGUAUUGGUACGCCGCCAGAGCAUCCCCUCUAGCUACCCACCUGGUGUUCGGGUCCGUGAGAUAGACUACGACUCAGUUGACUCACUACGAGGGGCUCUUCGCGGCAUCGAUGCCGUCAUCUCCACGGUUGGCAAGCGGAACGGGCUCGAAAGCCAAUUUCGCCUCAUCGACGCGGCGGUCGUGGAGGGAGUGAAUCGGUUCAUUCCAUCUGAGUUCGGCGCCGAUCUUCAACACAAAGAGGUCCGCACCUUUCCGACGUACCAAACCAAGAUCGAAGUUGAAGAAUAUCUUGAGAAGAAGUCCAGGGAGACCAAUCUCACGUACACAUUCAUAUACUGCAGCGCACUAUUCGACGAGGGUCUGGAUUUGGGUGCAUUUGCAGACUUUCGGGCCAAGAAGGUCAACUUUUUUGAUGGGGGUGCAACAACAUUCAACGCAACAAGAAGCGUUACAGUCGCUGACGCUGUUGUGGCUGUUUUGAACAAGCUCGAGGCCACCAAAAACAAAGCCGUCCGCAUUCGAGACGUCUCCAUGACGCCUAAGGAACUGCUGAAGGUCAUCCAAGGACUCGACAAAAAUGCUGACUGGACUUCUGUCGCCAUUGACACUGGGAACCUCGUCCAAGGAGCACAAGCCGAGCUAGCUUCGGGGAAAUUUAGUCCGAAGGCCUUCGCCGCUUUCGCGAUGAGAGCCACAUUUGCGCCGGGGUUGGCCGGACAGUACGGCGAUGACAACGACCUUCUUGGAAUCAAGGAUAUUGCGAAGGGUGACCUCGAAAACGCAUUGAAGUCUAGACUCUUAGUUUAA